AUGGCGCGCUUCGCUGCGGGGCCCGAGGGAGUCGGGCAGUGCGCCGCCGACCUCUCCGACGACGCGUCGUACGGCUACGAGGAGGAAGCCGCGCCGUUCCAGGACUUGCUAGGCUUCCGGCCGCCGGCGGUGGCCCCGAUGCCGCCCCGCCUGCCCGGCGCCGCGGGAGGCUGCGCAUUCCAGCCGCCCAGCGGCAUGAAGCCGCCAGCGGGAGGCUGCGCAUUCCUGCCGCCCGUCGCAUUCCAGCCGCCCAGCGGCAUGAAGCCGGCGGCGGGAGGCUGCGCAUUCCAGCCCCCCGGCGGCAUGAAGCCGCCGGCGGGGGGCACCGCGAAGAAGCUCAGCCAGAAGGCGCUAGCGGCGCUCGCUCUCCGCCGUCCAGCCUCGGGGCCUUCGACGAAGGAGCUGAGAGCCGACCUGGCGAGGCUGCGGCAGCACCUGGGCAGGGCGUGCCCGCACUUCGGGAAGCGAGGUGUGCUGCAGUUGGCCGCGCCGGCAGGCGAGGGGGGCUCCAUCGCCGACGCGCCGCCCCGUUUCAACAAGUACGCCGGCUGGGCGGAGUGGCAGAACGCGGUCAUACUGUGGGUCAACGUGUGCGGCGGCUCUUUCUCCAAUUCCUUCACGCACGGAGGGAGCCAGGUGAACUGGUACGUGGGCGGCGCGCGCCCGACGGAGAAUUCACCUAUCGUGCAACGGCUCCUCGGCCUGGACAGGACGAAGCGCCCCCCCCACGUGCUGAUGUUCGCGCGGCCCACCGCCACCGAGCCCUACGUGAACUGCGGCGUCGUCAAGUACGUCGCUCACGACGCCCGCAAGCAGGGCUUCGAGUUCACCUGGCGGCUCCGCGACUUCGGGGCGCUGAGCAAGCGCCCCGACUUCCGCCGGAUCAUGGACGCGCAGAGCCCGGGGCGAGCCGCGUCCAGGGCCGCCGUCAAGUGGGCCUAG